AUGGGUGUGUUUCCCGAUGAAUGCACCGUAGAUCAAUGGUAUAAUGCCGUGUUGAAGCUUAAAAAUCUCAAUCCUGGCGAAGGAAAAUAUAGUCUUGAAAAAGUAUCACCAGAAUGGUAUACUUUAGACACCGAGGGUGAUGUUCUCACAUUUAUUGAUGGAGUUCUUGAAACUGACCUAAAAGAAUAUAGGGCAAAAUCUUUUUGGUUGUUGUUGCCCGAUGUUGGUGGCCUCAACAUGCCAAUUAUUCCUAAACAAACAUUUUUAUCACA